GGGCACACAGUCCUCCAGCUAUAACACAGGAAAAUGGCAGCCAGAGAGAGGAACCAGAAGUAAACGUUUUGUGUUGCAAUACAUGCAAAAGGCCAUAUGAACAGUCUGCAAAUGAAGAACACAUUGCAAAGCGUGUAAAACAUGAUGAGGUAUACCCGACGCCAACAGUCAGUGAAGAUAAAUUUUCAUAUAUGGGUGACUUUGCAGUCGUUUAUACAGAUGGUUGUUGUUCAGGUAAUGGACGUAAUAGGGCACGUGCUGGAAUAGGUGUCUACUGGGGACCAGGCCACCCUUUAAAUACCAGUGAAAGACUUCCUGGACGGCAGACUAAUCAAAGAGCAGAAAUACAUGCAGCCUGCAAAGCAAUAGAGCAAGCAAAGAGUCAAAACAUCAAGAAACUAAUUAUCUACACUGAUAGCAAGUUCACUAUUAAUGGUAUUACAAGCUGGGUUGACAACUGGAAAACAAAUGGCUGGAGAACAAGUUCAGGAGGAAGUGUAAUAAAUAAAGAAGAUUUUCAAAGACUUGAUAAUCUAUCAAAAGGCAUAGAAAUUCAGUGGAUGCAUAUUCCUGGUCACGCUGGCUUCCAAGGAAAUGAAGAAGCUGAUAGACUAGCAAGAGAAGGAGCUAGUAAACAAAAGUCCUGACGUACUGGGACUAGAGACUGUUGCAGUGGGAGGAAAAGGACUAACAUCACAGUGACAACUUCAACUCCAAAACAAUUACAGCAGUUCAGCUUUGAACUGUACUUCUUUCUGGCCUGAAGUGUUAAACAUAUACCAACUUCUGGGGAGAAAACCCCCA